AUGAAACAAAUUCAUUCAAUACAAAUACUAAUAUUUUUUAUAUUAUUAACAAAAAUAAAUUAUAUUUAUUGUGAUAAUGUUUGCACUGUUUGGUUAAACCCAGAAUCAACCAAUACAACAUCACCGUGUGGAUUAGAAAUUACAACACCAUGUCAAAAUUUUGAGGCAGCAGUUUCAACAUGUGGUUCAAAUUAUGAUGUAAUGAAUUUAAACUUUAUGUAUAGCGAAAUUCCAUAUCAAAUUAGUCAACAAAGUCCCCUAAACACAAUAGAUAAUAAUAAAACCAUCAAUCUAAUAAACAUAAAUCAAACAUCAAUCGAAAUGGAUUUAUCGAAUAUGAAUACAUCAUUAGUUAAUAUCGAAAAUGAUUAUAAUACAAGUAACAAUUAUCAGAGUGUUGUUAAUGUAUCAGGAUUCACAUUUACAAAUUUUCAAAGUGGUAUAUUUCGUUUUGUAAAAACCUUUUUAAAUCUUACAAUAACAAAUUGCAACUUUAAAAAUUUAAACAGCACUUCAAGCUCAUCAGUACUUUUUUAUUAUAAUUCUAAUACCAAUAACAACAAUAAUAUAUACAAUAAUUUUUUAAUAAUAAAUAACUCAAUAUUCCAAAAUAUUCAAACUGGGGGACUCUUUCUACUAGAACAAAUAAAUGUUGUCAUUGACAACACUGUGUUUGAAGAAAUCACAUCAAAUUACAGCCCACAUAGUAUUAUGAAUCUUGACAGGGCCACCACAAUGAAAUUUACCAACUCUAAAAUUAUAAAUUGUAAGAGUAACACGCAGGGCACCAAAUUCUCAAUUUCUAUAGGAUAUCAAACAACAGAGACAUCUUUACUUUUACCACAGCCAUCAUUAGUUUUCGAAAAUAUAACUUUAAGAGACAAUUUAAAUGGAGAUAUAAUAGCUUUAUCAACAGGUAAAUCCUAUAUCAUUUCAAUGAACCAAAUUACUGCAGAAAAUAAUUAUUAUUCAACACCAAUUUAUUUUAUGAGUGAGUCAGCAAUGGGUGGAGGCAAUUCAUCUGCAUUGGAUGGAGCAUCCAUUUUUAUAGUGAAUCUCGGCUCACAAGAUUACCCAUUUUCUCUUUCAAUCAACAAUUGUUCAUUUACCGAUAAUAACUCAACGAGAUAUGGUGGCUCCAUUUAUAUGAACAGUGUAAAUUCAAUUACCAUUACCAAUUCAACAUUUAAUAACAAUACAGUUGACAAUUCAUAUGGUGGUAACCAAAUAUAUUGCUCAUCAAGUAAUGUUACUAUUCAAAAUUCAAAUAUUGUAAAUAGUGGUAGUAGUACAAAUGUUACAGAUAAUAAUCAAGUUGCAUGCAAAUCUUCAAACUCUUGUUCAUUUAAAAAUAGUGAUCCAGAUUUCACCGAUUUCUGUACUCCACCAACUGACAGCAGCAAUAGCAACAGUACUGAUCAUGGAAAGUCCAAUAGUAAACCACUUACAACUGGCCAAAAAGCUGGAAUAGCAAUUGGGGUGAUUGCAUUCUGCCUCAUAACCACCAUUGCUAUAAUUUUUAUUGUAAAAAGAAAAAGAACAUUUUCAUAUAAAAGUAUUUAUUAA